AUGAGUUGUCCAUCUGGCCCAACACCAGUUGGUAUGUGUGGAUGUUGUAAUCGCGAUGGGAAAAAAAAUGAAACUUGCCAUACAGGCGAUGCUAAUCUUAUGUUAAUGGACUUUGGAUUUGGUGUUUGUGUACCACAAAAAGAUCUUAGUUUCUUUCCAUCAUAUUAUUUAUGUGAACGUCGACAAAAUCAUGAAGGUCAAAAUUACUGCCUAGUCAGAGCUAAUAAUCGUAAUUACAUAUAUCCAAUGUAUCGAUUUUGUUCAACGAAGUGUAUUGAUUCAAUUAAUUAUAAUAUAGAUUCAUAUAAGAUAUUGAAACAAAGUAGAAGUAAGUUUAUUUCGGAUUUGUCGCUCUAAUUUCGCUGUUACAAAUUCAUAUGACUAUCACCAUCGAUAGACCGAUUUCCUCUAUUUCAUAAGCUAUCAGUUACGGAUAAAUUCAUGAAUAGAUAUUUGAUUUAUUUGUCUUUUUUUCGUCUUUAGAAUUCAGAAUCUUUCCAGGAGAAACGCCUACCUACUAGAUGUAGUACAAUUACUCCGAAGUACAAAAGUCGGUAAAUAGCCGAAAGUCAUGUUCUCGAAAGAGUGUUAAAAAUUAAUUUGUUGGAUUGAAGCUUACAUAGAAACAUUUUUUACAAGCUACUUGAUGAAUUUUCAGUACUUAUUAUAGCAGUAAGUUCACUUAGAUAAUCCUUUGAAACUUCAAUCCCAAAACUCUAUGUUUAUAUACUUCCAAAAAUAGCGUAGAUUUUUCAACUCCCUCAUUUAUUUAAGAGUUGGCUGCGGAUAGCCUACGAUUGCUUGAGCUCCUGCCACUUUGGUAUCUGCUGAAAAGCAAUGUUGUACUGUCCUUUAUCAGAAAGCUAACAAAAUAAAGAAAUAAUACUUCAAGCUUCCGAAACAAUCUACCAAAUUCAUUUCAGAAGAAGACAAACUGUAGUCGAAUCUGCAAAUUAGUCUGGACUGCAUUGCGUGAUCAAAUUACAAGUCUUUAAAAAACAAUUAUCAGCCCUAUUACACUGAAUAUACUAUUAGACGACCUUCAGUAUGAGCCAAUCAAGACACCUUUAUUACAUGCUGGAUUUUCUAAAUGCUAGAAGCAAGCUUAUGCACGUUGUAUCGCAUAUUUUCGAAAGUCAGCCAAUAAGAAUUUUCCCGUAACAUAACAAUAAGAAAUCCUGUCGGAUAAGAUGUCUAUUCAGAAAAACGGCACAUAGUAAAUGUUAUUUUCAUCAAACUUUCAAGGAACUAAAGUCAAUUUACUUAUAGACCAUCAUAUAUCUAAAGCAUGAUCAAUUACUGAUUAUUGUAGUCCUUGGUGUAGAGUUGAAAGUGUUUGUUAAGCUUGUCAUGGGCUACAAGCUCAUAUGGUUAACAUCUUCGAUCAUCCUAUCUUUCAUAGGUGAAAAUGCCAUUAUUCAAUCAUAUACUGUCGCUUUUCAUGGAUAGCCGCUAGUGAUGAAUUUUAAUGUUUUCAAUAGUGUGAGUCAUAGAAGAUUAGAUGAGACGCUGAACUGUCUCAGAAAUUGCUCGCGAUGUAACACUACAAAACACACUAUUUGGAAGUUCUUCAAAAUAAUUUUGUGAUGCUUAAAAUUGCUUUCCAUUAAGACCUCUAAACAGAUUUUAUAUCGAAUUUUCUCUCUUAAUUUCGCACCAAACUCGACUUUUGAUAUUCAAAAUGUCAGAAUACAGUAUUAAAAAGAGAAAAAUGAAUGCAAAAAACUGUUUUUAGAGUGCUCAAUAGAAAAUGAUUUUGAGCAUCACGUAAUUAUUUUGAAGAACUUCAAAAUAUUGUAUUUCCUAACGUUACAUCGCGAGCAAUUUCUGAGAAAGUUCGGCGUCCGUUCAGAUCUGCUAUGAUCCACACUAUUGAACACAAUAAAACUCAUCGUUAGCGACUACUCAUGAAAAACGACAGUAAAUAAUUGAAAAAUGACAGUUUCACCUAUGAACGAUAAAAUGAUCAAAGACGUUAACCAUACGAACUUGUAGCCCAUGAAAAGUUUUACAAAACUUUCGACUAUAUACCAAGGACCACAAUAAUCAAUAACUGAUCAUGCUUCGGGUGUACAGUAGUCUAUAAGUAAAUUGAUUCUAGUUCCUUGAAAGUUUUAUGAAAGUAACAUCUACUAUGGAGGAUGUGUCAUAAGUCUUAAGGCUUCACAGAAUUAAUUUAUAUGCAAACAAAAACAAUACCAAACUGACUAUAUUUAUAAGAGGUUUGAGUGCUCGAAUCGAGCUUUUGAGUGGCAUAGUAUUGUUUGAUAUCUUCUUUUGUAAUCAUAGAAACAUGAACAUGCAAAUAUGUAUGAUGAUAAAUUUUUCAAAAUCGAUCAACACGAUGUUUUUGAAGAUUUUCUAAUAUAAUGCUGAGCAUAUUUUACAUACAAAAUAGUGUAGAAAGAACCCAUAACUAGUUAUUUGAAGCAUUUAGUCAAUGCUUAUCAUGAAUCGUUGAUCCUAAACUCAGCCAAGGUAUAUGUUCAGUAAUAGGAUUGAACUAGAUAAAAUAUAUGAACACAUGACGUGUGUAGAGAAAAACAAUAUGUCGUGUGAAGAAUAAAAAGUUUUCUUUUUACUGGCAGUGUUCAUAUCUUUUUCUCAUGUAAAACAUUUUUUAAGUAUAUAGUCUGAUUGUUUGUUUUAUCAGUACUUCAAAUAAGUCACAAAUAAAUCAUCUCAAAAGUGAAUUUCGAUUUUUAUUAUUCUUUCACUUUUGUUUGUUUCCACUUAGUAUUCGUUUCAAUAUUUUUCAUAUACGUUUAAUAUAAUAUAUAUAUAUUUUUUGUAAAUCAGUUCAAAAAAUAUUUGCCUGAAUAAUAAACAGUAGUGAAACACAAAUACGUAAUAGUUCAAUUAGAUUAAUACGUGUAAUAAUAAAAAAGAAUGCUUUUCUUUUUUUUGUACUAAUCUAUCUUAUCGAUGGAUUUCGAAAAAUUUAUCAUCAUAUUUUCAUGUUCAUGUUUUAAUUAUUACAAGAGAGGACAUCACACAACAAUAUACCAUUCAAAAAAGCGACACAAACACUCAAACCUCAUAUAAAUGAAUUCAGUUCGAGAUUAUUUUCUGUAUGGAUAUAUACUAAUUUUCGUGAAACCUCAAGAAUCAUGAAACAUCAUGUGUACCACUUGAUGUGCCGUGACUUGCUCUACAAUAUGAUCUAUUUGCUUUCUCAAUUCUGAACAGAUCAUUCUAUUCGAUAGGGUUCUUUUGGAAAAAGUAAAUUGAAAAACUUGAUGACCAGAAAACCGACUUAAAGUAAAUUUCUAAUAUUGAUUUACACGUUUUGGAGUGGUAUCCUGUUUGAACGAGAGCUUAAAUGUUAUCAGUUCUCUUGUUAUAAAAUGUCGAGUGUUAGAAACAAAACGUUGAAAUGAUGGAGUAUUCUCCUAAUGUUUGAGUUUUUACCUGUUUUUGAAGGUUCUCUCGGUCUACAAAAAUGUAUAAUCACAAAAGUUCAUGAAAGCGUUCUGAUAGCUUCCCACAUACUGUUAAACCUACAUUAUUAACUAUAUUUUCGAAGUAUUUCUGCGAAUCAAGAAGUUGUAUCGACUCUUGUUCUUUUUCCGUUGUACCUUUCAUUAUUAUUCUGUACUUUUAUUCAGUUAAAGUCCUUUUUUAGAACUCAAAACAACCGCGAAUCUUUUGAGUCCGCUCCAACGUAUAAAGAUAAAAGCUAAUGGUUCAAGUGAACAAUUAAAAUUGUCACAAGUGUAUGAUGAUGUUGUUGGGUUGAUUGUCAAAUGUGCGCUUGUACCCGGCCAUUCUAAACUGUCAGCCAAUACCAAUAUUCAUUUGAUGCAACCUGACAACACUACAUCAGCGACUUUUGAUAGUGUAUUUGAAGCACCAACGAAAACUAUGACUUGGACGACGUCAAGACCAAUCCAAGUAAAUCAGAUUAAUAUCGAUCCAUCGUUGAACGAUAUUACUUGUACAAAUAUACAAUUACAAUAUCUC